UUUUAUGACGUAACCACGGACACUGAGUCUGACAGACUCCGAAUCACGAAAAACCCGGUUAAAUGAAAAUUUUACGAUAUUGCCACUUUGAGACGUUGAAGAGCACUGAAAAUGCGGAAGGUACAUGAAGCAACUGUAGCGAACAAAGAUUGUGGUUGGUGUAAUAAUGUAAAAUGUAUAGCGCGGAGUCCGACAGACUCAUUGUCCGUGGUUAAGGGUUAAACGAAUAGAAAAUUGAGGAAAAUGGAACAAUCCAGUAAUUCGCAUCUAUUAUAUGCGACUACGGCAGCAGUGAUCUGCAUUGUAGCUGCCCACUUCAUGAAAAGAGGAAGUAAACGAAACCGUAAAAGAAUUGGUGUCGAAAAUGGAUCAAUGAGAGGGACCGAGGCAUGGGUGUGCUCAAUAAAGAACUUAUAGUGGAGGAUCCAUUGGCUUGCAGGAACUUUUUAAGAAUUUAAUGAACAAUUCGUGUAUAUUUUGUCUUUAAUUGAAAACAGAAUAUCAAGACGAAACAGGUUAGAAGUAACACUGCGAUUCCUUGCACCUGGUGAAUCAUACAGGUCAUUAUUGUACUCUACUCGAAUACAUGAAACAACUAUCUCUAGAAUUGUGAACGAAGUAUGUGAAGCUAUCAUAGACACUUUAAAGCAUACUUACCAAAAAAGUUGACAGAAAAUAGAAUUUAGCCAGAUUGGUCAAAGAAUAGUGUGCAAAAUUUAAGGACACCCACAUCCAAGACUAGCACUGUAGAAGGUCGAAACACUAAAAGGAAGGUCCUAUCAUUCAUAAGCCUAAUCUGGAAUCUGAAAAGAUAAGAUUCGCUGAAGGGUAGCAUAAAAGAAAUAUUGGAUUAAUGCAACAAAAGUGUGAUGGGGAAUAUGAACUUCUCAGGAAAGAAUCGGACACAAAUUAAAAAAAUAGAACGGGAGGCAGAAGUAACAAUUGAUGAAAUCGGAGUCCAAUAAAUUAAAAUUCUAUUACUAGAAAAACAUGUUCUGCUAAAAAAAAUAAAAAACACAAACUUUUCGAUAUUUAUGGAUGAUAUUUUUGAACCAAUAAGUUCUUCAUGACACUUCACUUUGCUUAAGUUAUGGUAGAGUAUCAGAUGUAUAUGGUUGAUUUAAUAAAACAAGGAUUUAUUUUUAUAUAGCUUUUUAUGUUAUGGUUUUUAUGUCCAAUCCUUAUUUUAGUUAUAAAAUUACAAAUGUUAAAAUAUUUGCCUAACUUUAAAUAAUUCAAGUUUUGUAAGUCAAGAGUGACAAAAACAUACUAAACAGUAAUUUUAAGCAAGAAUGAGAGACUUCCCUGUUAACAUGUUAUUUAUUUAUAAUUUUUUUCAGUUUAAAUCUCAUCAAAAUAAUGUAUUGAUUGAUGUCUUACUAUAUUAUGCAUAUUUUAAUUGUUCAUGUGAAGCUGAGUAUUUACAUUGCCAAUUAAGUUUAUUGCUGCUUCUUCCUCAUCAUUAUUAGUCCACCUCGUUCAAGAGUUUAGCAAUGAUAACCAACACUGUCAUAGCAAUUACAAUGGCUUCAACGCUCUCCACCUUUAACCUUAUUCCAAAUGCCAGUAUAGGAAACCUUUUCCAUUUCUCUCAAUACAAUUUAUAUUUCUGAUUUGUAACUCAUUGUGUUAUCAAAUAAUUUUUAAUUGGAUACUUACUGUCACCAACAAUAACAUAUUAAGUGAAGUCUCCUUGUUCAAACUUAGCUCUGACUUUUGGAUUUGCGAAUAUGUGUGAACCAUGACUUGAGCUUGGCCAAUGUCAUACCAUAUCCUGAAACAUGCAGUUUCAGUCCCAUAUUGCUCGAAUAUUAAAAGAGAAGAAGCCUUUUCUGUUUCUAAAGAUUUCUGCAUUGUUUCCACCAGUCAAUAUCAUUUUUAUAUAUGUGCAGUCGAGAGCUGCAAUACAUUUGAGAGAUCGUGCUAUAAUGAUAAAAUUUUGAGAAGUUCUUUUAAAUUCAGCUUCUGUAUCAGAGAUUUUAAUUAACUGAUAAUUAAGUCCUGUCCUGCAAUAGCUUUGGUCAUCUUCCAAACGAUUCGACUUGCUGUCCUUUUAUCAAUGCCAACAAAGUCUCCAAGAGUUUGGAGAAAGUUUCCUGUUGCAUAAUUUAAUUAAUAUUUAAAGAAGUAUACUCGCCAAUUUGUUGGAGACAUUAUUUGUGCUUCGACCUGGAUUAUAACAAAUCGAACACCUUGUUUGGAAAGUCGAAACCUUUGAAUGAAUUUGCCAUCAUUCCACACUACAAAGAGAUCAAUUCUAUAUUUGUAUUUCUUCUGUUGUCUUCUAGCAUUUAUUAUUUCUACUGCUUCAACAAAGUCUUCAUCAUCUAUUAGUUCUGGGAGAUUUUCUCGAAUUUGUAGCUGCUAUCUGAUAAUUAACAUAGGGCGUGAAUUAUAUUUUUAGCUCGUUGGUUCAUUUGUUUUCGUUUACGUUUUCAUGUUAAAGCUUGCUGUACUUCUGUUCUAUGUAGGUUCGCUAAUUGUCUCCUCACAUAAUAGAGGGAUACACCUGCUAAUCCACGAAGUUCCAAUUGCUUGGAAUGAGGUGCCACAAUCGGACACCGAUUAUCUCAUUUUGUCGUUGCCUAGACGUAUACAGGAGUGUAUUCAGCUGCGGGGUCGCCAAAC